UCGGAAGUUAGGAGGCAGUCUGAAAGUACCAAUACGACCGUACUCCUGAUGACGAUAUAAGUGAUUGGCAAGAACUGGUGCCUCUGAAGUCCCAUGUUCUUUGCCGAGAGUCUUGGUAGAGCAGUGGGUGAGAGUUCUGAGGGAGAGAAACUGAGAAACUCGGAGUUGACUCAUGAGAACAGCUCCCUUCAUCUUGGAGACAGAGAAGACGCGACGUCUCAGUUUACGAGGAAAGCAGCAUACGGGUAGCGAUUCAGAGACGAGGAAGACGAUUGAGAGAAGAUGAUGACAUCGACAGAAAAGAAUCAGAAGACGAACAUGCAGAUUUCUGUCAUGACUUGCAAAGAACGUGGCGAUGCUUUAUGUGUGCGAUUGCUGCCCUCUCUGCCUACCUCUGAAAUGUCUCGUGCGCCAAUGGACAAAUUCCAGAUGGAGAAUGGCACUUGCCCACGAGUGUCAGGCAAAGGCAGAGCCACUAAGUGUAAAGUGGAGAGACUGGUAACAUGG